CCAAGCAACUAAAGAUCAUUCAGGAGAGAUCGUUCGUUCGUUGGUGGUGUUCCAAAAAUAUUUAUAUAUAUACCAAUCAGAAAUAGCCAAGAAAGCGGCAUAGUGGCAUGAAAUAUUGUCCAAUAAUGUUUAAAAUGAAGUUGUGGUUGAUUUUGUUGACAUUUCUUGGCCUCCAGCGAGCACAGGGACAGAUUUAUGGAGGCAGCAGCAGCUCCUAUGGACAGGCCAUACGUCUUGGCCUUAUCACAGACGACGAAACGGAUAGAAUCCGGCAGACCUUCGAGCAUGCCAUCUCCGUGGUGAACAACGAGCUGAGUGUGCCGCUGGUGGGACAAACCGAGCAAGUGGCCUACGGAAACUCUGUCCAGGCCUUUGCCCAACUCUGCAAUAUGAUGCAGAGUGGAGUGGGUGCCGUGUUUGGGCCAGCUGCCAAGCACACGGCAUCGCAUCUGCUGAAUGCCUGUGACUCCAAGGACAUACCCUUCGUGUAUCCCCAUCUAUCGGGCAGUGUCCAGGCGGAUGGCUUCAAUCUGCAUCCACAUCAGGAGGAUAUUGCAAACGCACUCUAUGGCAUCAUCAAGCAGUUCGAUUGGUCGCGAUUCAUCUUCUGCUACGAGUCCUCCGAAUAUCUGGGCAUUCUGGACCAUCUGAUGACACUGUACGGUGUUAAGGGUCCUGUGAUUAAGGUCAUGCGCUACGAUCUCAAUUUGAAUGGAAACUACAAGUCGGUGCUGAGACGCAUACGAAAAUCGGAGGACAGUCGCAUUGUGGUUGUGGGCUCCACACAGGGCGUGGCCGAGAUCCUGCGGCAGGCCCAGCAGGUGGGCAUCAUGAAUGAGGAUUACACGUACGUCAUCGGCAACCUGGACUUGCACACCUUCGAGCUGGAGGAGUACAAGUACAGCGAGGCGAACAUCACAGGCAUACGAAUGUUCUCGCCGGACCAGGAGGAGGUGCGAGAUCUGGUGGAGCGUCUGCAUCAAGAGCUGGGCGAAAGCGAACCCACAGAUAAUGGGGCAUCAACCAUAACCAUGGCCAUGGCGCUGACCUACGAUGCGGUGCGAGUCAUUGCAGAGACCACCAAACAUCUGCCCUACCAGCCGCAGAUCUUAAACUGCUCGGAGAGACAUGACAACGUGCAACCCGAUGGCUCCACAUUCCGGAACUACAUGAGAUCGUUGGAGCUGAAGGAGAAAACCAUCACGGGUCGCAUCUUUUUCGAGGGUAAUGUGAGAAAGGGUUUCACCUUUGAUGUCAUCGAACUGCAGACCAGCGGCCUGGUCAAGGUGGGCACCUGGGAGGAGGGCAAGGACUUUGAAUUCAAGCGGCCAGCACAAGUGAUCAACUUCAAUGACAUCGAUGAUGGUUCGCUGGUCAACAAAACAUUCAAAGUGCUCAUCUCUGUGGCGACCAAACCAUAUGCCAGUCUUGUGGAUAGUAUAGACACACUCAUUGGCAAUAAUCAGUAUCAGGGCUAUGGCGUGGACCUCAUCAAGGAGCUGGCGGAUAAGCUUGGCUUCAACUUCACCUUCCUGGACGGUGGCAUCGACUAUGGAUCCUUUAACAAGACGACCAACACCACCACCGGCAUGCUCAAGGAAAUCGUCGAGGGGCGAGCUGACUUGGCCAUCACGGAUCUGACCAUAACAUCGGAACGUGAAGAAGUUAUUGACUUUUCGAUACCAUUUAUGAACUUGGGCAUUGCCAUUUUAUAUGUGAAACCUCAAAAGGCACCGCCGGCACUCUUCUCCUUCAUGGAUCCCUUCUCAGAAGAGGUGUGGCUCUACCUGGGCAUUGCCUAUGUGGGCGUCUCCCUGUGCUUCUUCAUUCUGGGUCGACUGUCACCCACGGAGUGGGACAAUCCAUUUCCCUGCAUCGAAGAGCCCGAAGAGCUGGAGAAUCAGUUCACCAUCAACAACUCCCUUUGGUUCACCACGGGCGCCCUUCUGCAGCAGGGCUCCGAAAUCGCUCCCAAAUCCCUGAGCACACGUACCAUUGCUGCCAUUUGGUGGUUUUUCACACUGAUUAUGGUGUCCUCGUACACUGCCAAUCUGGCUGCUUUCCUCACCAUCGAAAAUCCCACCAGUCCCAUCAAUAGCGUUGAAGAUCUGGCCGACAAUAAGGAGGGAGUGCAGUAUGGAGCAAAGCGUACAGGAUCCACAAGGAAUUUCUUCCUGACCUCUGAGGAUCCCAUCUACAUGAAAAUGAACGAAUACAUGACCAAUAACCCAUCCAUGUUGCUGGACAACAAUCAGGAUGGCGUGGAGAAGGUAAAGUCUGGCAACAAGUACGCUUUCCUCAUGGAGUCCACCUCAAUUGAGUUCAACACUGUGAGGGAGUGCAAUCUAACGAAAGUGGGCGAUGCACUGGACGAAAAGGGCUACGGCAUAGCCAUGGUGAAAAAUUGGCCAUAUCGCGAUAAGUUCAACAAUGCCCUGCUAGAGCUGCAGGAGCAGGGAGUGCUGGCCAGGCUCAAGAACAAAUGGUGGAACGAGAUCGGAGCUGGCGUGUGCAGUGCCAAAAGCAGCUCCGAUGGUCCUUCAGAGUUGGGUGUGGAUAACCUGAGUGGCAUUUAUGCUGUCCUCGCCGUUGGCACCAUCAUCUCCAUCAUCUUUUCCAUAUUUUGUUGGUGCAUUUUCGUAUUCAAAAAGGCCAAAAGCUAUGAGGUGCCCUUCUGUGCUGCUCUGGUUGAGGAGUUCAAGAUUGUCAUUCGCUUCUCGGAGAAUGAGCGUGCCCUGAAGAGCGCCCAAUCGGUUUACUCACGCAGCCGAAACUCCUCUCACUCCAUAGAGUCUCUCAAAACGGAUUCCGAUGAGAAUGUGCCAGCGGAUGAGGACGAUUGA